AGUAGUAUUUAGUGCUAUCUAAAAUGUAAUUUUUUUUAUAAGUGAAGCUAAUAUCGAGGAUUUAUACGCCACGUUUAAAUUGAUAUUAUUGAAAGAAUUGAUGAAGUCUGAAAAAGACAAGUGGAAUGAUAAAAUACACGCCAUCUGAUGGAUUUCCUUGUUAAUCAAACUGUCCAAGGAAACGAUGGGAGUUGUUUCUUCCCCUCCGUUGUAAUACCACCAGCCUUACGUGUUGCGAAAGAGGACACACGAUGGAAAUUGUAAACAUUUACGUGUCUUGAGUGUUUAGAGGGACAAUUUUUAUUUGUAAUCAUGAUAGACAGUAACAUUUCCAUGGAGGAGGAUACUGAAUUACGAGAUUUAGUGGUACAAACUCUUGAAAAUAAUGGUGUUCUCGCUAAAGUCCGGGCUGAAUUAAGGGCUAGUGUGUUUUUAGCUCUGGAGGAACAGGAAUCUGUAAUGAAUCCAGAACCACUCCUCAACAAAACAGUAAAACAGUACCUGGCUAAUUCCGAAGGAAAAUUACUAUUUUCAUUGGUUAGGGAGUUCCUAGAAUAUUUUGGUCUGGAUUAUACUAUAUCUGUAUAUGAUCCAGAAACGUAUAUUGGAAAAGAAUAUAACUAUGUCGGUAGAAAUAAAUUAUGUGAAGAAUUGGGUAUUAAUUCUUCUGAACCAUUACUUGGAGAAAUUUUAAAGAAUAGCAUGAAUAUCUGUAACAUAACACAAAAGGUGGAAUCUAAUGAUAGUAGACAUAAUAAAACAAACGAAACAUCAACAAACUUUGCAAAUGCAACCUUUGAAGUUCCUGUACCAAAAAUUCUACAUACCGAAUCAUUGUCAAAUGACAAUGAUUCUUCUGAGAAACUUGGUAGUUUCUCGGAACAAAGCACUAGUAUUCCAAUAAAUGUGACAAUAACUGACAAAAAGAAAAAUAUGCAAACAUUACAUAAUGAUUUAUUAGGUGAGUCACAUGACAAAGAACAAAAUUCUCUCAGGGAAAAUAUAAUAGUUUUUGACAACGUAACUGAUAAAGACGGUAUUAAUGACAAAGGGAACAAUAUACAUUCUGAUAAAAGUCCUAUAAAAAGAAAUGACACAUACGAAGUAAUAAAUCAUACACUAAAAGAAACUGCCACAAUUGCACCUGGUCAAACUGAUAUGUUCAAUAAAGAAGGACCUUUUAUUACAUUUGAUGAAUCUAUAGUAUCUGAAAUGCAACAAAAUCAAAAUGUGGAUGUUACAAAACAAAAUAGUAUAAAUAAUAAAGAACUACAUAUUAUGAAUAAUGUACAAAAUAAAAAAGAGAUUAAUAUAGAAUGUAACUUUGGAAAAGCUAUUUACUUUGAAGAAAUUAUUGUUGACGAAAAAAGAGACAAUGUUGGUACUGUACAUAAAGCUGAAUCUUCAUCACCUUUAGAUAAGUCUGGUUCUAUAUUUGAUCUGCCACCAUUAAACGGGAAAAAAACUAAUAUAAAUGAUAUAAAAGAAUUAAUGGAUGUUGGACUUGCAUUAGAUAAUGUAGACAAUUACGAAGAAGAUUUUGUGUCAUCUGCGUCGGGUAGUUUUAAUGAACAGAGUCCGUCUAAAGAAUUACAAGAAUUGGACAAUUCUUUACAAGUACAUGUGAAAAAAGAAGAUACAAUCCAAAGUACUCGUAGUGAGGACAUCAGCGAAGAAAUAGAAGAAACUGAUGAAAUACUGAGUAGUACUUCGUGCCUUCAGGGUGUGAAUAUAAAUGAAAAGGAUGAAAAAGUUUCACAUUUCACAACGGGUAUUACAACAAAUUAUAGCAAUGAGAUAUAAUCUUAACCGAUAUUAUCAUAAUAAGAUUCUGUUAAGAGUCUUAAAUACCUUAUUCGAUUAUAAUUUUGACAAGUGUUUCUCACAUUGUAGUUGCUUUACAACGAUAAGAAUGUUAUUUUGUUGUGCAUAGUAAUGCUAGAGUACAGGAAGUACUGCUUUCGGGGACUAAUAUCCUAUACUAAGGCAUCAUGUGUAAGACUAUGCUGAUUAUUAUGGAUUGAGAAACUUACUGGAUUUAUUUUGCAGUUUUUAAUAAGGCACUGCCAGCUAUGGCUGAAUACUUAUAAGUCGCGCUGCAAAAAUCAUGGAAGGAAAAUGCCUUUAUGAGCAUUUUUCUAUUCAUUGCAUUUCUCUAUUUUAUAUAGAUUAAAUGAUGUAUUUUUCUACAUUUUAUAGAUUUAAGAAGGAAAUGUAAUUUUUAUUAUAAAAAAAAAAAAGAAAAUAUUUAAGUUUAUGACCGAUCCAUAUACUUUUGGAAGUGAAUACAGUAAAAAUGAAACGAAGUAAUAGAAAUCUAUAUAUUAAAACUAUUAACUAAUAUUUAAUCUAUGUCUAUAUUGUCAAAAAAAUACUAGCUUUUUAAUAGGCUCUGUUAAUAGCAACAAAAAAAUUCUUUACAUUUCUUUGAUAACUGGUAAAUGCAUAGAAUCUCUCAAUUUGAUUAAGAAGCCUAAAUUUGGGAAGUGGUGGGGAGAGAAUUUUAGUAAAAUGACUGAUAAUUACAAAGUACUUGUUGCAUUAUUUUGAGACUGACAGUAUUUUGAAUAACUGGAUCUUCAUUUCUAAACAAAUCACAUCAUUUUGGGAAACAUAAUUAGUAAUUAAUGUCAAGAAUAUUACAAAAAAAUAUCUAUGUCUUAAGCGACGUAUGAUGAAAUGAUUUUUUUACUUCGUACAUAAAUACGUAAUUUGCCAUGAAUUGUUAAAAAAACAAAAUGAACACAUAGAUUUUAAUAUUGCAAUAGUAAAAGACUUCAAUGGAGGUACAUAGUAUGAGGCAAUUUUCCUUCUAUGUUAUACGUAUGUGCCUAGUAUUAUUAUCCUUAUGAGCAACUUGUAUAAGUGUUACAAUAUUUCAAGGACCAGGAAACUAUUGAUUGAGUUAUAGUUAAUUAAUAACGAGAUCAAUUUUUUUAAAGGAAUAUUCUUAGUAUUUUAUCCUUUUUGUGCUUGACAGAAAAAUUCCUGAGUCUAAUUUUAUGACUGAAUAUAUGAUUCAUUACCUCAUUUAAUUAAACAUAGAUGCUGCGAUAUCUAUAAUAUCAGUAAACCAUCCGUCUAAUAAUGGAUUGCCUAAAAUAAAUCCGUCAAAUUAUUUUUUUGAUAACAAUGGUGCUAAAUAUUUGAAACUAAAAUAAUUUAUGAAGGUUGAUGAAGCUAUUCAAGAUGAAAAUUUAGGUGCUUAUCUAUCAUCUAGCAACACUGUUUGCAAGAGAUUAGUAAUUAACAAAAGUUGUAGGGUAGGAUCUUAAUUUUUGGGCAAUCCAAUACAAUGAAGAAUAUUUAAUAUAGAAAAGUUCGCUCUAUGUAUGACGCAAUAACUGAGUACAAUUCAAAAUGGAUUGACAGGAUGCUUGACAAAUCAAAAUCCUUUUGUAAAAACACGUAGCUUGCUAUAUUUACAAAAGAAUUUUCAUUAACAGCUAAAAUCUGAUAAUAUCACAUAUGCUAAAUGGCAUAGUUCAUUCAGACAAAGAGAUUGUAUGCUUGUAUAAUAUGUACCAUGUAUAAAUUUGAUUAUAUAGUAAUUAGAUUAUUUAAAAUAUAUAUAUACAAAACUUUUUACAAACUUCAUGUACACUUCAUGUACACUAGAUUUUUGUACUACAUGUACAACCAAUACAUAUUUCUUUUUUUUUAAUUAUUUUCAUCAGAAAUGUUACAUUAGUAAAAUUAUUAUAUAAAAUCAUAUAAUACUAUGUAACAUAUCUCUUAGUCUGAAUCAACAUUUAUCCCAGUAUGAUCAUUAAAUCAGGUGUGUUCCUGGCCAAUCAGCGUGGUUACAUCUUGUUUUCAGUACAGUAUACAGUUUUAUGAAAGAAUUCAGAACUGGUUUGAACAUUCCCACAUUCUAUAAGAUAUAAGAACUAGAUACAUUCCAUUAUUGUUAUUAAGAUAAUUUUUUGUUUGUUCAUUAGCUUUAGAGAACAUAUCUAUUAAAAUAGAAUUUUUCUUACAUUUUAUAAAAAGACUAUGCGAUAUAGAAAUAAUCUAUGAUCAUCAUUAAAUAAUUACAGCAUCAUCAGAUUUUAUUUAAAAUAGAUGUUGAAAGCAAUUCUCAGAAGGGUUUACUAAACAAUAGAAAUAUUUGUUAUUAGCGAUUUUAUUUUGGAGGUAGUAUAUAAUGAUUAAUAGUACAAUUCAAUACUAACUAACAGUUUGCAGCUGCAUAUUUUCUCUGUUUUAAUAUCGAAUAGCUUUAUAUUAAGCUUUUCUGAAUAUGUAUCUAUCUAUAUUAAGCUGCAUCUUAUGACAUAAUAGUUCCAUAUUGAAAUCUAUCGACUCUUCAAUAUAUUUUUUACUACAUGAAACAAAGAAAAUUAAGAAUGAUCUUAUUGAUAUAUACUGAAAUUUUUAAAUUGCAGAAGGGUUGAUAAAAAGUUUAUUGAUGCUGUAGAAUAAUGAAUAUAUACUUACAUUCU